ACAGACGCACGCCCUGUUCUGAAGGGCUCGCUCCUUUUUAUGCUGCAUGAGCCUUUAUGUCCAUCGCGUUUCUACUACUUGGGAUUCAGAAAAACUACCGUCACGAUGGGAAACGGGUCGAUGAAAUCCAAACGCUUCAAGCGAGGCGACGGUGCCCCAUCCGUCGCCUCCAACGGCUGCGUCCACGGGCCGCCCCGUGGGGCGGAGGCCCUGCAGGCGAGGGUGGAGGAGCUGGAGUGGCAGGCCAGGAGGAGGGUGGAGGAGUUGAGCACCAAAGAGCAGCAGAUCAGAGCUCUGCAGGAGCAGCUGGGGAGGCAGACGCGGGCCGUGGAGGAGCUGGGGGACCAGCUCCAGAGCAAGUGUCUCCAGCUGAGCCAGCUCCAGGACGUGAUGAGGAACCAGGCCGGGGCGAGGGCGCCCUGCCUGGGGGCCCAGCCCUCCCCCCUGAAGGCUGGCAGGUUCGGCCCCAACAUCAGCGGGAUGAUCAAGGACACGUUGAACAGGAGGUCGGGGGCCAAGGCUGGGGUGUCUGCUGAGCCCACCUCCAGGACCUACGACUCCACCAACCUGCCCAAGUUCUCCUUCGAGAAGGCUCGCGUACCCAAGGAUGCCAGUGUGAAGAAGCUCCUGGUUGAGGCCCUGGUCCAGAACCAGUACCUGGGCUGUCUGGAGCCUCAGCAGGUCCGGGACAUGGUGGAGUGCAUGUACCAGAGCACCUACCAGCAGGGCCACUACGUCAUCCGGCAGGGCGAGCCGGGAAACCACCUGUUCGUCCUAGCAGAUGGGAAGCUGGACGUGUUCCAGCACAGCAAGCUGCUGUCAUCUGUGGCUCUCUGGACCACGUUUGGGGAACUGGCAAUCUUGUAUAACUGCACCAGGACUGCAUCUGUAAGAGCGGCCAGCCAGGUGAAGGUGUGGGCUCUGGACAGGGAGGUGUUCCAGAACGUCAUGAGGAUGACGGCGGAGAAACGACACGAACAACACCGCCACUUCCUCCGAAGUGUUUCACUGUUGGCCAACUUACCAGAAGACAAACUCAGUAAAAUAGUGGACUGCUUAGAAGUGGAAUACUACGACAAGGGAGAGUACGUCCUCCGCGAGGGAGAGGAGGGAAGCACCUUCUACAUCAUCGCCAAGGGAACGAUCAAGGUGACUCAGAGCACAGAGCAACACAAGGAAGCCCAGACCAUCAACACACUGCAGAAAGGAGAUUACUUUGGAGAGAAGGCUCUCAUCAGUGAUGAUGUGCGGUCGGCUAACAUCAUUGCGGAGGAGGAUGGUGUGGAGUGCCUGGUGAUCGACCGAGAAACAUUUGAUCUGACAGUGGGCACUUUCAACGAGCUGCAAAAGCAUCUCCAUGGUUACGUGGCGACGCUCGACCGCGACGACAAGAAGAGACACGCCAAGAGGUCUGACUGUUCCAGCCACCCCAGUCCACCCCUGUCCCCCGGCCUGGUUCAGCUGAAGGAGAGCGCGUGCCACCCCCCCUCCAUGCCCCUGGACAGCCUGGAGGUCAUCGCUACGCUGGGCGUGGGAGGAUUCGGCAGGGUGGAGCUGGUGAAGGUGAAGAACAAGGAUGUGACCUUUGCCCUCAAGGUGAUCAAGAAGAAACACAUCGUGGAGAACCGCCAGGAGGAGCACAUCCACUCAGAGAGAAGCAUCCUGGCCGAGGCCUCUUCACCCUUCAUCGUCAAGUUGUACGCCACGUUCAGGGAUAACAAGUAUGUGUACAUGCUGCUGGAGGUCUGCCUAGGAGGGGAGAUCUGGAGUCUGCUGAGAGACAGGGGAAGCUUUGACGAGGCCACGGCCCGAUUCUGCGUUGGCUGUGUCACCGAAGCCUUCGACUAUCUUCACCGCAACCGAGUCCUCUACAGAGACCUGAAGCCUGAGAAUCUUAUGCUGGAUGCUGAUGGAUACAUCAAACUUGUGGAUUUUGGCUUUGCCAAGAAGAUCCGGUGUGGCCAGAAGACGUGGACGUUCUGUGGCACGCCGGAGUACGUGGCCCCGGAGAUCAUCCUGAACAAGGGCCACAGCUUCAGCGUGGACUUCUGGGCCCUGGGGAUCCUGGUCUUUGAGCUCCUUACAGGCAGCCCUCCGUUCUCCGGCAGCGACCAGAUGAUGACGUACACCUUCAUCCUGAAAGGCAUCGAAAAGAUGGACUUCCCCAAGAGAGUCACCAAGAGACCUGAGGACCUCAUCAGGAAGCUGUGCAGACGGAACCCCUCAGAGCGUCUGGGAAACCUGAAGAACGGGAUCGGCGACAUCAAGAAGCACAGGUGGUUCAAUGGCUUCAACUGGGAGGGACUGAAAAAGAGGUGUUUACAGUCUCCUCUGAGAAGAGAGCUGCGAGGCCCAACCGACCUCAGCUACUUUGACACCUACCCCCCUGAUGACGACACCCCCCCUGACGAGCUGUCGGGAUGGGAUAUGGACUUCUAAGAGGUCCCCCCCCUCCUCCUCCUCCCCUCCUCCCCUCCUCCUCCCCUCCCCUGUCUCCCUAGGCAGAGUAACAGUCCCAAAAACCAUAUUUACCUGGUGAGUCAGCAUCGUCUCAGCGGUGAGGAGGUGGUCAGAGCCUCUGAUUGGUCGGUGAUGUCUGGGGUUUCAGAGAGAGCCAGGCAUGUUGGUGUACCACAGACGUGGUAGUGUUUUCUAUUGUUUUGCUGAUGGUGUAAAUAUUGUAUAUUUAAAGAGAGUUGUUUACAGAUGUAAUGUACAGUGUAUCCUGUAUGCAUGAGCACCAGAGGGAGAGGACGACAUUCAGGGAUCAGGUUUGUGUACAAACAUUUUGGUUGUCUUUGGAAGUGCUUUUUCUCUAGAGGGAAAUGUCCCGCCAAAUUUCCAUCAACCGUAAAGAUCCAAAUUCAUCCAAUGGCAAAAGGAUGUGGGCCAAAUCCUCAAAGUAUUUAUGGAUUUAUGACUUUGGAACUACUCCCUUCAUUUGUGUGAUGAAAGGUUCAUACAAAACUUUACAAAAAGGUUUGAAUUAAAUUCUACUGUGGUAUUACAUGUGGUAUGAUUUGAUGACCUGUAUGGCCAAACGUAUGUGGACACGUGUCCAUCACACCUUUAUGAGGUGGCAAAUCCAUGGAAGCAAAUCUCACGUCAAUGUUCCAACAUCUAUUGGAAAGACUUUACAGAAAAGUGAAGGCAGUUAAACCAAGUUGGGACCAACUCCAUUUAAAUGCCCGAGAUUUUGGAAUGAGAGGGUUAACAAACAGGUGUCCGUAUAUAUAUAUAUUGGCCAUAUAGUGCAAGUUUGUGUUAAAACUACAUGAUACUGCGAACUGCUUUUUAGAAGGAUUUGAAAUGUGUGUUUACAGUACUUACAAUGACAUAGGUUGACCUACAUGGUCUAAAAUACCAAUGUACAAGUGUCUUUUAAUUUACACUACUGUAGAAUAUUUGAUCUGAUCUAUAUUUUAGGUAAAAUGUUCUGGAAGUGGUAGUAGAGACAAUAAACAUUGUUUUUGAAUUACA